AAGUUGAACACCACAUAAGAAGACGACAACCUUGAAAUUUUCCUUUUCUUCUCCUUUUUUCUCACCUUAAAUUUCACCAUCAUCUAGAUCGUCUUCUUCUUCUUCUUCUUAUUUUUCCACACUACAAUUCAACAAAUCUCCCUCAAAUUUGGAGAUGUCAAUUAAUUUUCUCUUCGUUCCAGAAAUUUCAGUUGAAUGAUUUAAGAACAUACAAGAGAAAAAAUUUGAUUAAGAAAUGAGGUGUAAGAAGCAUUUGGCAGACCUUAGUAGUACAAUCGGUGUUUGUGCAUCUUGUCUUCGUGAAAAGCUAUUUUUCCUGAUUGAAGCUCAAUCUCAAACCAAAUCGGUUCCUGAUUUUCAAAACCCUAACCCUAAUUACUCAAAUCAUAAUCAUAGCCACCAUAAUCGUCACCGGAACUUUCAGAAUCAGCCUCAACCGUUGAUUUUCCCUCGUUCGGUGUCUCCAUACAUCUCUCGGCGUAAGUCUGAUCUAGCAUCGAAUUCAAAGCCGAUUAUUCAACGAUUUUACAGCACUCCUCAAGUAGGACCUACUUUCGAUCAACAUAAGAAGAAAAUUACCGGAAAAUUUAGCCUUAUUAAAAAAAUUUUCCGAUCUAAAUCAAGCGUGAGUUCAACAGCGAACUCGGAGGUGAGUCCAGCUGAGUUAACUCGUUGGAGAAACAGAGGAAUGUCGCCGGAAAACGAGUGGGAUUACGAGUUGGAAGAAAGUAUUCACGAUUCACCGAUGAUGAAAAUUCGGCCGAGUCCGGGACGAGUUAGACCGAGUCCGGCAAGGUUAGCGAAUGAUGUAGCGAAUUUCGCCUUUUGUUUAAGUCCCUUAGUUAGGGCUUCCCCGGCGAGUCGGUACAAUCGUGGAGGUGGUGAACCAAGUUUUUCCGGCGAAAUUAGGGUUCCGGCGACCGGGAAAAGUAGUAGUUGUCAUGAAAAGAAGCCACAUUUGUCAGAAGCGGCGUCGUUUUGUGGCAAUCGAUCAAGGAAACUUGCUGAUUUUGGCAGAAUAAAUCGGAAUCGUUGACUUUGACUGUGUUCCCUGCAUACACAACCACUCAAUUUCAUGGAAUUAAUGAUGGUGAUUAAUUGAUUAUGAAUAUGAUCAUGAGUUUGACAAUCAGCGUAAAUUACGAUACUGCCCUUUGUAGUUUUUUUUUUUAAACUUUUAUAAAUUAGUACAAUUUGAAUGUUGAUACCAAAAAAUCACUUGUAACACAUUUUGCCCUUGUACAUUAUUGAAGUUUCACUACUCUAUAAAAAAGAGUAUUCAUA